AUGCGCUUCCGCUGUAUCAGUCCUUGGCGCGUCCAGCAGAGCGCGAAGUGCUGUGAAGUCCUCCUGGUUCUCGUACAAUCUAUCAACUUCGUGGUAACUCGAGAAGACGUGUUGCUGCGAAUGUUGCGUCUCACUCUGCCCCUUCAUUGGACGCUACUGCUGCACCCCAGCGUCCCACCCUUCCGCUUGAAGCCUCUAGGCGCACUGCAGGCUCUGGACACUCUAACGCUGUACCUGCUGCGCCUGGCGCUUUCCCCAUGUGGAUACCGCUUCAGCUCCUGCUGGCGCUGCGCCACCUGCAGCAGAUGUAAAUCAUCCUGGCCAAAUCAACAUACCUGUACGCCGCAUCGGCGCCCCCACAUCUCGUCCUGCUACCGCUACCGGUCCUCCUGCUGGUGCUUCUGCCGGUUGUCCCGCGAACGCUAUGACAGCUGCCCGUGCUGCCGGGAAUGCUGCCCCGCAGCCUUCAGUUACAGCGGGGGGCGCAGCGGCUGCUGCACCUCAGCGUGA